AUUAAUAAUGACUCUUCCCUACCCAUACCUCUCUCGCAUUUUCUUUUCCAUCGUCUCCAUCGCACCCCCGUUAGUGUAUAUAUUGAUCGAAUUCCAUAGCUAGCUAUCUACCAUUGUUCUUAUUCUAAUUAUUCAUCCAUCUCACCAAAACAAGAAGAAGAAUUCGAAAGCAUGAGAAAACUACAGAGCCACCAUUUCCAGGCGUCAUUUCUCCUUGCUGCCCUCCUCUGCUUCUUCCUCCUCCCCAUCCGUUAUUCAACCCUGGCACAAGAAGUUGAGGAUGAGAGGGAGUUCGAUUACAGCGAAAAGGGGGAGAAGGGGCCGCGGAGAUGGGGAGAGCUGAAGAAAGAAUGGGAGGCUUGCAAGAACGGGGACAUGCAGUCUCCGGUGGACAUAUCUCAUGUGAGGGUGAAAUUCUUCCGGAAGGCGGCGGCGGCGGCGGCGUACAAGGCUGCAAAUGCCACAGUCAAGAACAGAGGCCAUGACAUCUCCGUGGAGUGGCACGGCGGCGACGCCGGUUCCUUCAUCCUCAGCCGCAAACGCUACUCCCUCCGCGCCGCUCAUUGGCACUCCCCUUCCGAGCACACCCUCCGCGGAAAACGGUACGAGCUGGAAAUGCACGCGCUCCACACGAACACGGACCCGGAAAGUGGGAAGAACAGCACGGCUGUGAUCGCUGUUCUCUACAAGAUUGGCAAGCCCAACCCCUUUCUCUCUAAGUUGAUGGAGAAGAUAGCAUCUAUGAUAGACCAAAAGGACCAAGUGAGAGAAGCCGGUUUAAUCGAUCCAAAGGAGUUGGGAUUCGUAGGCGGCCGAAAAUAUUACACAUACUUGGGCUCUCUCACCACUCCACCCUGCACCCAAGGCGUCGUUUGGACCAUCAUCAAAGAGGUAAAGACGGUUUCCAGGAAGCAAGUAAAGCUGCUUCGGGAAGCUGUUCAUGAUUUUGCAGAAAGAAACGCAAGGCCUCUACAAGAUCGCAACGGGAGAGAGAUACGUCUCCUACUUCCCUCCCCCUCCAACGCCAACCCAUGAAAUAAAUAUGCCACUCCAUU